AUGACUCUUUCUUUGUCAGGAAACGAAGCCUAUGGGACAGGCCUAGAUGCUGUGACAAAUAAAGAUGAUUACACAAUUGAUGUUGGAGAUGGUGAAUGUAUAGUAACAGAUCUACAGAAGAACAAUUUGACAUGCAAACCUCCAUACACACAACCCGGAAUAAUGCCAACAGAAGAAAAAUUAUAUAUUAGAGUAAAAGUGGGAUUUCUUACUGUUGUUGUUGGAGAUCUGACAUACUCUUCCUCAUAUGGAAAGGAUAAAUACUACAUGACUAUAAUUGCAACACUAUCACUUGUGCUUCUAUUUGUCUGUGCCAUAAUUGUGUUGAUUGUUUUAAGAAGAAGGUUAUUGGAGAAAAGAAAGAUGAAACAGUCUCAGAAUUAUGUGCAGAACAUGCAAAUAUCUCCAGGAUAUGAAAUGAUUGAAGAAAGGAAAAGGAAAACAGUCGUACGUCAUUCUGUAAUAGAUGAGGGAAGUAUGAUUCUUCUGAAAGAGAAACAUCUGCUUAUAUCUAUUGACGAUUUGAAGAUUGGCAAGUGUAUCGGGCAAGGUAAUUUUGGGUCUGUAUAUAAAGGAACCAUGAUUGGGGCGUGGAAAGACUCAAGCACAGAUGUUGCCGUUAAAAUAUUAUAUCAAAACAGGGAAAUCGAUACAACGGAUUUUGUAAAAGACACUUUAAGAAUGUCUGACUUCCAUCAUCCAAAUGUGAUAACGUUACUGGGGAUUUGUCUGUCACUGGACGAUAAGAUACACUUGGUCUUACCCUUUAUGAAAUAUGGAGAUGUUCUGACAUACAUAAAGGAUGAAAAGAAUGGAUUUACAAAUUUUAAUAUACUCAGACUUGGUGUGGACAUCGCAAAAGGCAUGGAAUAUUUAAGUAAACAAAGGGUUGUGCAUCGAAAUUUAGCUGCAAGAAACUGCAUGUACGUUAUCUCUGUAUUGUCGCCCUUAGGAUGA